UCGGCCAGGCGGAACCUGCUCCGCUGGGCCUGGUGGCCGCCAAAGUUCCUUCUCUUGCUUCGAGCGUCGUCGCGGCCCAGCGCCUCGCCCUCCUCGCCCUCCUCUCCCUCCUCGCCGGCUUGGCGCGGCCCUGUCUGCCUCUCGCCGGGCGCUCUUCGCUGGCUGCUGCCCACCGCCCCCUCGUCUGGUGCCCGCCCCGCCGCAGCGAUGUGCGACAAGGAGUUCAUGUGGGCCCUGAAGAACGGAGACCUGGACGAGGUGAAAGACUAUGUGGCCAAGGGAGAAGAUGUCAACAGGACGCUGGAAGGGGGAAGGAAGCCUCUUCAUUACGCAGCGGACUGCGGGCAGCUUGAAAUCCUGGAGUUCCUGCUGCUAAAAGGAGCAGAUAUCAACGCUCCAGAUAAACAUCAUAUUACUCCUCUCCUGUCUGCUGUCUAUGAAGGUCAUGUUUCCUGUGUGAAAUUGCUUCUGUCAAAGGGUGCUGAUAAGACUGUGAAAGGCCCGGACGGCCUGACCGCACUCGAAGCCACUGACAACCAGGCAAUCAAAGCCCUUCUGCAGUGAUGGGGGGACGGACUGCUGACUCGGGACGACGCCUCUCCUGUGGCCUCACACUGCUGCCUGUCUGUCUGUCACUCUAUCUGCCAGCUUCUCCAGCUAAAUACUUUACGAGGGGUGAGGGGAGGGAGAAAUUCUAACCAGUCAGACUACCAGGAAAGAAUAAAAAGAAGUGAUGUUUUGGAGGAGAGGGAAGAAGGCAUGAUCAGGCUUUUCUCGGGUUCCUGAUCAAGUCAACCUCUUCUCCCUUUCUAAUGAACUACACAACUUAGAAACCCCAGGGAGAGCAAAGACAAAACACACCAGAAACAUUGGAUCUUUUCAGCUCCCUAGCUAGCUUGUUCAUUAGUUUGUGUUGAAGGUGUACUUCCACAAAGGCCAACUCUACAUAUUUGGUAGCCCUAGCUGCAAGCAGUAGUGGCUGCUGCAAUGUAAACUUAGGGUGCUGAGAUAAGCAAUUAGCUCCAGCCUUCUGCCUUAAGAUUGCACUCUCCUGGGGAUCCCUGGCAGUUACGAGCGCCGCCUCCGUUAGUGACCAAAUCGUUCCUCGGUGAGCUCAAGCUCUUGGUGGAAGCUCGGUGAAGACGAGGAGGGGCGCACUCCUAUAUUGCUGGAUGACUGAACUUUGGGUUUUCUCUCCCGUCACGUGGAUUUCAUGUCUCUCUAGGUGAAACUGACUAGUUUUAUUUAUAAUGUUAAAUUUUAGCAGUCUAAAGGAGAAACCAUUCCAGUAUGCAUAUUUUUUCUCCCUUAGAUUCAGACAUUUAUAUAACAUUGAAACACUUUGAAACUCUUGCUGGUAGUAAAAGGGGAUUUAAAAAUAGAAUCAUAGCCAUAAGUGUGUUAGCAUCAUAUGAAGAAGCAGCUGUCUUCGUACCGUACGGAUUUUCUUCCUUUCCUAUUCAAAUGGCUUGACCUCAGUUACUUUGGAAAUCAGGGGACAUUCUUGGGAAUGUCUCGCUCAGAACUGUCCUGGAUGCUGAUGACUUAGUGUACCAAAGCUAUCCCCGGGGUGAGAUUUACCAUGUGGACAAAUUAACCCCAUCCCCACAGAGUGUGCUUGGAACCAGCUUUCCCUGAAUUGGUGGUAGACUUCUGAACAUAUGCCAACCCACCUGCAUAUUUUGGUUAUUUUUUUUAUAUAAAUGAUACAUUGCAUAAAACAUGGCAGUUUCAGAACAUAUUGUGCUCUUAGAAUACAGUGCCCUAAAAUAAUGGUUCUUACAACCUGGAAGAAAUUUAGACACAUCUCCAAAAUGUUUAUUUCCCAGGCAGUACAGUUGAAGUAUAUGACCUUAAUUUUUUAUCUUGCACUUAAAGAGUCCUUUGACUUGCCAUCCAUAUAAGCUUACUGACAAUAUGGAAGUUUUUGCUUAAGGCCAACUCAUGCAAUAAUUGAAUGUACCUUAAAAUUUUUAAGUGGGGGAGGAGUAAGUUUAAGAAUUGUAAAGAAUGAUUUUUACAGCAGUGUAACAUUCAUCCUACAGUAGGUUAAAUCAUGAUCAGAAAACAGUUUGGCUGAUAAGUUUUACUGAUCAGUUACUAACUGGUUGGUUGGCAUGUGUGUGUGUUUCUCCCAUGAAUCCCUUUUUUUAUCCUGUGGCUUUUUCACUUACAACUAGCCUAACCCUGUAAUUUUCUUCCAUCCAAGAAUACAGUCACAAAAGGUGAUUAGAUACUUGGCUCUGUUUGCCUGGCUCUGCUAAUGGAAUGCAGCCUGUUAGAGCGACAUCCUCGUUGAGUUGGAGGGCAUUCUGUUAGUCUGACCAGCCCCCGAGCGCACCAGUGUCUCUUUUCACCUCUUGGCAUGAUGAUCUUUGCAAGGCUUGAGUUUGCCCUUUACACGGUUUGCUCCUUUAUUUUCAAAGUGUUUCUUGUAGUUGGCUGUUGUAGAGUGUGUGUUAUCCUAUCAUUCCUUCACUUGGUCUGCUUCCCAUGCCAUUAUGGUAGAGAAACUGUGGGAUUCUUUGUACAGUUUGUCCUGGCACGAUGUUUCUUGUAAUGCAGUAGAGGCUGUCUCGCCCUUCCUCUUAUUAUCUCAGCUCUUUUGUAAACUCAUGAUUAUGAAGCAAUUGCCUGAGAAAAUAACAUAUAAAGAUAGAAUAGUAUAGACUGCCCAAGGUGGUUUGCAAUUUUUUUUUAAGUAGGUUAUUUAUAACAUAUUUCUGAACCACUUGGCAGAGAAAUUCACAACACUUAAUGUUUAUAUUUUGAGUAAAGAAAGCUAAAACAUGUCUGCUUUUUGGUACUACAUGCAUUAGCAAAAGGUUAAUUUUGUUCUCCACUGAAGUACUAUUUAACAUCUCAGAAAAAAUCUUGCAUGUUUUGUAGUUUUGUAUUAAAUCAGUCAUUUCAUAUGCACUAUCUCAAGUCAAGACAGGUGGCUUGCCUGUUGACUUAGUGUGCUAACAGAGGCCCUCUGCGGUUAGAGUUCAUAGCACCAAGUAUCGCAAGUAGUCACUCACCUUUCUGAACCCGUGGGCAUGAAGGAGACAUGGUAGGUAGAUGCAGUGUGUGCGAGUAGGCCUAGCCAUUGAUUUCCUUCUACAGAUAAUGAGUUUUUCAGUCUAUGUACCUAUUUGAUUUUUUCUUCUAACACUUCAACUGAGCUACUGUUUUCUUCCAUGCGAUAUUGUAAAUUCAGUUGUGUAUAGAGAAGCUGGUAAGAGUGCCCUCCUACAUAAAUAAGCAACUGCAGUGUUUUGCAUGCAAAAUUUAAAAAAUUUAAAUUGUCCUGAUUAUAUUUUGUAAAUGGAGAAACAAUCAUAUCUUUCUAAUCAGUAAUGGCGGAAGACUAGUGCUUUGUGCAUUUUGAUAUAUUUGAGUUAAGUUUUUUCAAAAUACUAUACUUGGACACAGUUGGGUCUCUCAUGAGUAUCCUAGUUCCUGUACAUCCGAAUGCUAAAUCUGUGUUACGGUUUUGUGUUGCAAGAACAAAUGGAAUAAACUUGAAUUGUGCUACA